UCUGUGUCUUAAUUUAAUAAGUAUAAGUUAAGAAUUUAGUGAUUAUUAGUUUGUUUUGUAAUUUAAUUCUUUAAAUCGAAAUGGCACAAACGAGUUCUGCUCCUACAAAAGAGCGAUAUAUACCUAACGCACUUAAAUUCGCUUUCGGUGGCCUUGCUGGCAUGUCAGCAACAUGUGUAGUCCAGCCAUUGGAUCUCAUCAAGACGAGGAUGCAGCUGAGUGGUGGUGGCCGGUCGUCGUUUACCGUAGCAGGCGAGAUCGUGGCGCGGGAGGGCUUCUUCUCAUUGUACACGGGAUUGUCGGCCGGACUUCUCAGACAGGCUACAUAUACAACAUCCCGUCUUGGUGUAUACAACUGGCUCUUUGAUUUGUAUAAAGAACAAAAUGCCGGCGCCACUCCCGGCUUUGGCACGAAAACCCUGCUGGGUAUCGCCGCGGGCGGAGUCGGUGCGUUCGUGGGGACGCCUGCUGAGGUGGCUCUCAUCAGGAUGACGGCGGACGGCAGGCUGCCUGUAGAGCAGAGGAGGAAUUACAAGAACGUCGUCGACGCCUUGGUCAGAAUAGUAAAAGAAGAGGGUACAUUGAAAUUAUGGCGUGGAGCGACGCCCACAGUUGGUCGAGCGAUGGUCGUCAACGCGGCCCAACUUGGGACGUACUCACAGGCAAGGGAAAUAUUCCUAGGGUACAUAUCUGAAGGUAUCUUCCUCCACUUCUGCGCAUCUAUGGUGUCCGGCCUCAUCACCACCAUAGCUUCCAUGCCAGUAGACAUCAUCAAAACGAAAAUCCAAAAUGCCGCUAAAGGCGAGAGUCAGGUGGCCGUAGUGACGAAUCUACUACGUACUGAAGGCGUGUUGUCUCUCUGGAAAGGAUUCCUGCCUUACUACGCUCGCCUUGGACCCCACACAGUACUCACCUUCAUAGCUCUCGAACAAAUGAACUCGGCGUAUUUGAAAUAUACGUAAAACGUUUAAAAAAGUAAUUUAAAGCAAUAAUUACAUAGAUAU